AUGUGCCACUUUCAGGUCUCCUCACACUGCUGGUGGGUUCCAUUUUGUCAUAGGGUGCUGGCAGAUUACGGGCCUCCCAUUGCUGCUGCCAGGCCCGUAAUCUGUCAUGGGCCCCUGUACCGCCUCCUCAUGCUGCUGCCAGGCCCGUAAUCUGCCAUGGGCCCCCGUACCGACUCCUCAUGCUGCUGCCAGGCCCGUAAUCUGCCAUGGGCCCCCGUACCGCCUCCUCAUGCUGCUGCCAGGUCCAGAGUGUGUCAUGGGUCCCUGUACGGCCUCCCAUUGCUGCUGUCUCCAUCGCCACACUCUGCCAUGUGCCACUUUCAGGUCUCCUCACACUGCUGGUGGGUUCCAUUUUGUCAUAGGGUGCUGUAUGGCCUCCCAUUGCUGCUGCCUCCACCGCCACACUGUGGCUCCACACUCUGGUUUUGGCCCCGUGACUGCCCAAAUGAGUGAAGUGUGCGGUGAUUCUAAGAUCGACGGCACUCAUCUGCAUGUCAUACUGACUGACAGUAUUUAUUUCUCUUCCCCAGCAGACUCCAAGGGCAUUUAAAUUAAGGGUACAGUGUUCUGCACUAAUAUAA